CGCGUUCGUUCUAAUCGGGGCCUGUGACGAUAGAAGAGCAGGCGCGAAGGGAGGUACGGAGGCCGAGAGGGGCGUGGCAUUUUAGUCGCUGGGAAGCCGGGAAGCGGAGGCAGGAUGGUUUACAUCUCGAAUGGACAAGUGUUGGACAGCCGGAGUCAGUCCCCAUGGAGACUCUCUUUGAUAACAGAUUUCUUUUGGGGAAUAGCUGAGUUUGUGGUUUUGUUUUUUAAAACUCUGCUUCAGCAAGAUGUGAAAAAAAGAAGAGGCUAUGGAAAUUCAUCUGAUUCCAGAUAUGAUGAUGGAAGAGGGCCACCAGGAAACCCUCCCCGAAGAAUGGGUCGAAUCAAUCAUCUUCAGGGCCCCAGCCCUCCUCCAAUGGGUGGCGGAUGAGGAAGGUAA